AUUCAGUCCACAUUUUAACACGUUAUUGUGCCUAAAAGUGAUUUUGGUGGAAAAAAAAAGUUAUGGCUACCAAGAAGGAUUUAACUCUGCUCUUCCAGCAUCCAUUUGAACCCGUGUUUGGUGUUAAAAAUGACGAAACAGGCAAAGUACGUGUGGAGGUGCCACCGGAAUUCUUCACAGACAAGUACCAGGAUGUCUCGUCUGAAAUCACAAAUCGCUUUGGCGAAGAUGAUGUGAAUCGCACGAUUCCUGUCUCAUCAAUCAUUCCACCAAAUAUCGAUUUUACCAAGGAAGUCCCACGAAAUAAGCCAUUCUGCAUCUUUAAUAAACGCCACAAGGAGAUUGCCGGUCAACUGAUUCAAAUUUUUAUGGAUGCACCUGAUGUGAAUACUCUUUUUUCAUAUGCCGCCUAUGCCCAUGAUCGCGUCAAUCCAUACAUGUAUCAAUACUGCCUGUCUGUGGCUAUGCAACACAGAGCUGACACUCAGGAUCAACCAAUCCCAUCCGUGGCUGAAACUUUCCCCAAUCAAUUCAUCGAUCCAGCCGUUAUUCCUGAAGCACGAGAACAAAAUAGCUUUGUCCCAGAAGGUGUUAGGCGCCCAAUCGUGAUUCCACUAUCCUACACUGCUUCGGAGCGUGAAGAAGAACAACGCUUGGCCUACUUCCGUGAAGACAUUGGCGUGAAUCUCCAUCAUUGGCACUGGCAUUUGGUAUAUCCUGCUGAAGGACCUCAGAAUAUUGUCCAAAAGGAUCGACGAGGAGAGCUAUUCUACUAUGCUCAUGCUCAAAUUAUAGCUCGGUACAACAUCGAACGUCUCUGCAAUCACUUAGCUCGCGUAAAACUUCUUAAUAAUCUCCGUGAAGUUAUUCCAGAAGGAUACUUUCCCAAGAUUGUCCGUUCCAGCUCUAAUCAAACAUAUCCACCUCGAUUUACUAAUACCACUCUGAAGGACAUCAACCGCCCAGAAGAUAGUGUUGUGGUUGAGAUUUCAGACUUGGAACGUUGGCGCGAUAGAAUCUUCGAAGCCAUCGAUCAAGGAUUCGUGAUCAAUUCAUCUGGACAAAGAAUAAAUCUGGAUGAAACACGAGGAAUUGACAUCAUUGGUGAUCUUGUUGAGGCUUCAAUUCUAACGCCAAAUCCUCAAGUUUAUGGCGAUUUCCACAAUAUGGGUCACCUUAUGAUUGCCUACAACCACGAUCCUGACAAUAGAUAUUUGGAACAAUUUGGCGUUAUGGGAGAUUUAGCAACAGUCAUGCGUGAUCCCAUCUUCUAUCGCUGGCACGGUUAUGUAGAUUUUAUCUUCCAGAAGUACAAGAAUACUCUCCCGCCUUACAACACCAAUACGGAUUUGAACUUUGACGGUGUUACCGUUCAAUCAGUUACAUGCCAGAUGAAUCAACGCAAUACCCCAGCCAAUAUCAUUCUCACUUAUUGGCAACGGGGAGAACUUAAUCUCGGUGCUGGACUUGAUUUCGGACGACAAGGAAACGUUUUUGCCCAAUUUACUCAUCUUCAGCAUGCUCCAUUUUCCUGGCGCAUUGAGGUCAACAACGACUCUGGAGCUCCUCGACAGGGAACGUGCCGAAUCUUCAUCUGCCCAAGGAAUGAUGAACGUGGUCUUCCAUUUACAUUCCGCGAUCAGAGACUUUUGAUGAUUGAGAUGGAUCGCUUCACUGUGAAUUUGAGUCCUGGCGUAAACACCAUUAAUCGCCGUGAUGAGGAAUCCAAUGUGACUAUCCCAUAUAAUAGAACAUUCCGCAACAUCUCAACUGCUGCCGUUCCUGCUGGACAAACUCAAGAUCAAUUCAACUUCUGUGGUUGCGGCUGGCCGAGUCAUCUUCUUGUUCCUAAAGGUUCUCCUGAAGGCUUCACAUUCGACACAUUUGUAAUGAUUUCUGACUUUGCCGGCGAUACAGUGAAUGAAACUAUUGAUCCAACGGAUCCAUGCAGCGAUUCUUACCCAUUCUGCGGUAUUCGCAACAAACUCUAUCCUGAUCGUCGUGCCAUGGGAUAUCCCUUCGAUAGGAAUCACCCAGCCAGGACACUGCAGGACUUUGUAAAUCAAUCCACCAACAUGGGACUUGGAGAACUGAAUGUUCGCUUCAACAACACUUAUGUUACACCUGCACGUACAUAAAUUUCAAAUACACCCAUUGCGACCCACUGAUGACGACUAUGGCCAUCAUUUUUUCUUUUUUUAUAUCUAUUCUUUAAUCUUUAUCAAUAUUUUAUUUGUUAUUUUACUUAUUUUCAUUUGCUUUAAUCUACGACGCACAAUAUAGCUCAAUAAAACACACAUUUUAAUUAACAAAA